AUGGAGUUCCUGGAUGAGGACGCAAGACCCAGAUUCUUCUUCCAGUCUCGCCCAAUUCCUUCUUCACUCACCGAUCAGGAAACCCAACAAAACCCCAUUAACAAACCCCUUAUCUUCAUUACAGUUUCCUUCUCUUCCCUUCUAUUGCUUCUUUCUGUUCUUUACAUCCAAACUGAACCCUUCAAAUCUCUCCUCUUUUGGGUCUCCAUCUCCUUCAUCAUUGGUCCUUUUGCCCCGUCUCGAGUCACUGGCGGUGACAUUCGCGUCGGUCAAGGCCCAAUCGUCGAGCCCCUUGAUGAAGAACCUGAAAUCGUAACUGAGAAGAGAGCGCCCAAAAAGAGAUCGAAAGCGAUCAGAUCUGAAGAAACUGUUAUGGCUCCAAUUUCUGCGGUAGAAACGAUAAAUGGGUCGUCAAUUAAGGAAAGAAAGAGAGAAGUUUUGGCAAACAGUGGAAAUGGGUUGGUGACGAAUGAGGGAGAGAAAGAGUGGAGUGAAGAGGACCUGGAGAUAUUGAAGAAACAGAUGGUGAAGAAUCCUGUGGGGAAGCCAAGGAGAUGGGAGGUAAUUGCACAGGCGUUCAAUGGGAAGCAUAGAGUGGAGAGCGUGAUAAAGAAGGCAAAAGAAAUGGGGGAGAGGAAGUUGGAGGAUAAUGAUUCAUAUGCAAGAUUUUUGAAGAACAGGAAACCAUUGGACACAAGAGUUCAAUCUGAGAUUGGUGAAACUAAGAAAGAUAAUGAUGGUGGUGGUGAUGAAACUAAGAAAGAUGGUGACGGUGACGGUGACGGUGAUGAUGGUGGAGUGGGGUGGAGUGCAGGGGAGGAUAUUGCAUUGCUAAAAGCUUUAAAAGCAUUUCCUAAGGAUGUGGCAAUGAGGUGGGAGAAGAUUGCAGCUGCAGUUCCUGGCAAGUCAAAGGCAGUUUGUAUGAAGAGAGUUGCUGAUUUGAAAAGGGAUUUUCGGAGUUCAAAAGCUGGUGCUGAGAGUUAGAUGAAAAGUUGGAUAUCUUGACUGUUUACAGAAUUUUGAAUAUGAGGUAGCACUGGGGAGGAAAUACGUGAUUUGAUAUCUCCUUACUCUUGUUCUUCCCUCAUUUUUUUUUAUGAGGAAAGUUACUUCAAAUACUAUUUGAUUUUUGUUCCACACAUGAUGUUUCCUAAAUCUGUUGAAACUUGUUAUAAUAAAACUGAAUGCCUAUUUGGUUAUUGCAA